AUGCAGCAGAAACUUCCUGAACAAACUGCGUUAGAUCAGAAAUCUGGUGCAUAUGAGUUUCGAUUACCGUCUUCUUCGUCAACAUUAAUGCAAAAACAUGCUACACCCCUCAGUGGCUCUAAUUUACCGAUUUCUAAUCAUGCACUUGGUUUACAAUCUAUGUCAACUACGUCUAUUUCUCAUAAGCCACCCCAAUCUUCUACGGCAUCUUCAAUAAAAAUCACAAACCCAAUUGUUUUUACCCCACCCAUUAUUUCCAAUGCAACGCCAUCCUCUAUUUCCGGUAUAAGGAAUUCUAAUUCUACUCUUGGCUUUCAGUUGCAGCCAACUCAUCAACAAUCUGAUGUUUAUAAAGAGUCAAAUAUACAUCACACAAACUAUAUUGAACAACAAAAAUCUCAUUCUAGUUCAACAUGUUCUCUGUCGCACCCCUCUAUUACCUCAACUUUCCCAUCCGAGCAGCAUGAUAGUCCGUUUGUUACAUCUUCGUGUUCAAAUAACCAUAUUUCAUAUAGAUCUGAUAACAAUCCGGUUCAGUUAUCAAGCAUUAAAUCACCACCCUCUAAUGGGAAAUUACCCCAAAUUCAAAAUCCAUCUCAAACUUCUCUUACUAAUACUACAUCAUUUGCUCAGCAGCCAACCUAUUUUCAGCAGCAACAUCAACAAUAUCAAAGUUUAGUGCCAAAUCCUUUAAUUGCUUUUGAUAAUAUUCAAAAACCUCCCCCACUUCCACUAUCAAAUAAUUCAGCCCCUACUAACUUGACUGCUUCCAUUAAAAAUUUGACUUAUGCAAGUACAAGCCCUUCUAUUAUUAAAGUUUUUGGAUAUAUAAAACCUGUAAUAUCUCUUAUCAUUGAAAAAUGUCCUGGUUACUCUGAUGCUAUCAAACUAAAAGAACUCCUUGACCAAUCAGAUUCAUAUAUCUCUUUCUUAAGAGCCCAAAAAAAAAACAAAGGCUCUAGAAGAAUGAAUUCAACUAAAAGUCGGCUCUCAGUUUCUUCUUUUGUUUCGGGUGAAGAAAAAAAGGGAUUUUCGGAGUCUUUAGAGGUCUUAUAUCCGAACUUAGUUACUUACAAUUUGGCUCAAGAUAGCAUCCAUCCAUCUUUUAUUCCUUCCAGUUCAAAUGUUACUGAGGAACAAAUGCUGCAAUGUGUUGGUUGCUACUUUUUGGCUUAUCAUUCUAUAUAUCCUAUUUUUGAACCCAAUUAUUGGUACAAAUUUGCCAAGAAGAUUUGGCGAAAUAUGGAAUACGGUGUUGGUAAUAGGUGGGGUUUAUUGCCUAAUCAUUCUCAAUUAGAAGGGAUUGAAGUUGCUAUUAUUUAUAUAUUAGUUGCUCUUGGUUCGCAGGAAUGUUCAAGAAACACAAUUUUUUCUGGAAUAUCGUCUCUAGAUUGGGCUAGAUGCUAUUUUACUAGGGCGAUGGAUAUUAUGGGCAACAACCUUGAUGAAUUUCCUUCUAGUGUUCGACUAGCCCAGUUUUCUGUUGUUGCUUCAUUAUUUGAGUCUAUAUCUUUACACGAAAAAAAGGCGGCGUUGUUAGUUUCCUUUUCAUUAAAAACAUGUGAACGCCUUAAUCUUCGAGUCUCAGGAACGGCUUUGAAUGAGUUAGAAAAGCGUAAGGCCGAUCCAGAUUAUGAUUUGAAAACUCCGAUGAAUCCGGCCUUAAAAUACCCGCCAAAUAUUGAUCUAUUUGAUGGUCAUAGAGUUUUCAUUGUUUGUUAUUUAUGGGCACGCUUAAUUGGCGGGUUGCAAGAAAAUUUUAUGCCGCAUAAUUUUGUUAACUUUUCAGGCUCUCCAGACCUCAAUAACUCUGCAUUUGAAAGCAUAGGAUUCAAUAAUGUUGAAGCUCUUAGAAAAAGAGUAGAUAUUCAAGACCUUUUGAACCAAGUCAUUGAUUACGCUACAUCCAUGUAUUUUGUCGAAGAUCCGAUAAAUUCUGUGGGAAAAAUUGAACAGACAAUAAAGGAAGUAUUUUCUUUGGCCGAUCCUAAUAUUGAUGGUGAUGCAAUGGAUAUUGAUUUAAAUCAAUAUAACUUAUCUAUUCAUUUCAACUUUGCGAGCGGCCAUGGUGGCCUAAGUCCCACUAGUGCAGCUCGUUUGGUUGAAUCAAGCUCAUCAGCAGUAUCUAAAGAGGAUAUGAAAUAUUCAGUUCAAUUGUUUACCAAUGAACAGCUUGCACAAAAAACAAAGCGUUGGUUUCGCACCCAUUUCGUCGCGCUUUAUAAAUUCACUCGUAUGCUUUUAUAUCGUCCCUUCCCUAUUGCUAGCUUGCUGUUUCAGGAUGAAAAAUACGCGUCUGUUAUUAGUCCUGUUCUGCUUGAUUUUUUUAGUUCUGGAUCUAUGAACCUUUUUAAUAUCAUUUCUGAGGUUUAUACUGAAAUGAUAUACCCAAAAAUUCGCCGUCACCGAGAAAGAAAAAACUUAAUAUCUCCUUUAAACAGAGAAAACUGUUUUCCUAUAGAUAAGAAGGAUGAAACAGAAGAGGAGGAUUUUGGAAUGUUUGAUAUAUGCAUUUCAAACAUUGCUUCUGAGUUAUCAGUUGCAAUUUUUUUGUUUUUUGGACUUAGUAAGCCAUCUAAACGAUCUCAAAACUCUAACGAAAACAUUAAAAAGACCAGUGAGUCUGAAAAAAUUCGAGAAAGCGCUAUUAAGUCAUUUGUUGGAUGCAUUGAAUUUAUGAUUUCUGAGCAAGAGGAAAUUGAUCUUCAUAAUAUGAAGGCUAAUGAUGUUUGUAGCACUUAUGGAAUUUCCCAGGAUACUUCUCAAAUAUCGCCACCACUUCUUUCUUCACGUCAAAUAACUACAUCUUCUCUUUCUACAUCAUUGAACAAGACGUUUUCUUCGACUUCAAUAUCUUCUGCUACAUCAUCAUCUACUGCCCUUGGACAUGGGGAGGUAAAUCUGAUUCCUUCACCACUGACGGAACUUAUGUAUUUGCUUUCAAAAAUGAUCCAGAAUAGUACAUUUUUAGAUCUUCUUGCAAGUGAAAUGUCUGAUUUUGAUUAUUUGAAAAUUGCGAAAUGGUUACUUUCGAAACAACCUUCCCCAGCUCCACCAACCCCUAAAUCCUCAUUACAUUCACCUACACAUGCUACAGUUUCUGGUGUUGAUAUUUCUUUAAAAACUUUAAAUCCUUACCCCGAAAUUAAGCAAGAUUCUAUUACUACAAGUGGUACUUUUUCUGAAUCGCGAAAUUUAUCGCAGCAAUUAGCUUCUCAUCCAAUAGCUGCAUAUUCUGUUAACCCAUCGAUUAUCUGUGGAAAUUUAGGCUCUGUUGUGUCAAAAUCCAGCGAAAUAAGCUCAAACAAUAGUUCAUCUAUUAGUAGUCUUCUUAGCAACUAUCCUUCUGAAAAUUCUGGCUUUUCUGCACAGCAAUCUGUUUCACCCGAGUUGCCUCAAACAGAUGAUCUUAACGAGGAGUCCAAAUCUCUAAGAAGCUCAAUAUCAUCAUUGCUUUCUGCAAAAUCUCGAAAAGAGAAGAAGAGACAAAAGGAUAAAGCUAAAGGAACAUAUACUGAAAAUGAAUUGAAGCGGGAAAAAAACUAUGGAAAUUUUGACAACUUCAAUAAACCCGAUUCUUUUUCUUCAAAAUCUAUUGAAGGGGGAUCAAAUCAGUCUCGUUUCUCCAUAACAAAUCUUAUCCAUAAAGACAUUCCGAUUUCAAUGACUUCUGUUUCUACGGUUUCUCAUGUGAACGAAGCACUUGAUCACUCAAAUAAUCAGACUAGAUUUGCUAAAUCCACUGCAUUCCCAACAAGCGAAAGAGAAGGUAUCACUCCACAAUUGUCAACAGAUUCUUCAUCCAGUGGUCACUUUUCGAAUGGAAGUAGUAGUGGAACAGAUUCUUAUUUCAACAAUUCUGGAGGUAAACACCAAAAGCGAUCUAAAUUUUAUGGAAAUCCUAACUCCUCUGAUCACUCUGAUUUAUCUACACCGAAAACUGAUCAAGAACAAAGAGACAAGUCGGAAAACGAUGACGAACAAAGUGGUUUUAUUGUUCAUAAAGAAGAAGAUGAAGACGAUUUUCGUUUGUUAUGGAAAAAAAUUGUUCAACUUUUUGUAUGA